AUGUGUGUAUCCGAUUUGCAUGAAUUCCUUCAUGGCCUGCCCAAGUGCGAACACCAUGUCCACUUGGAAGGUUGCAUGAGCCCCGAGCUCAUUUUCGAGCUCGCCCAGCGCAAUGGCAUCGAAUUGCCCGCUGCGACCAACCCGGCCUACGCAUCCAUUGCCUCUCUAUCCACGCGCUACGAACACUUCACCUCGCUCGAUGACUUCCUCUCCUUCUACUUCCAAGGCAUGGCGGUUCUGUGUAACAAGGCCGAUUUUGCCGAUCUGGCGUGGUGGUAUUUCUCCAAGGCCCAUGCCGAUGGUGUCCACCAUGCGGAGGUUUUCUUCGAUCCCCAGGUCCACCAAGACCGCGGAAUUCCCUAUGAGACUAUCGCAGAGGGAUUCUCAGAGGGUUGUGAGCGGGCGGAACGGGAGCUGGGUAUGAGCACCCGGUUGAUUCUGUGCUUUGUGCGCCAUUUGCCGGUUGAAUCGGCGCAGAAAGUGUAUGAAGAUUUCCUGUCCAGUGGCCAUUUCCAGGCGGGUGUGGUCCAUGGUCUCGGGUGGUCUUCUACCGAGGUUGGCCCGCCAAAGGAUAUGUACCGUGCUCAGUACGCGCAUGCUCAGACGCAAGGUAUCCCGCUGACUGCGCAUGCUGGUGAGGAGGGAGAUCCCUCUCACAUUAGUGUUGCGCUGGAGCUUGGUGCCCAGCGUAUUGAUCACGGUAUUCGGCUGAUUGAGGAUCCGGCGCUGAUGAAGCGUGUUGCGGAGGAGGGUAUUCUUCUCACUGUGUGCCCGCUCUCCAAUGUGCGCUUGCGUUGUGUUACGAAGGUGGAGGAGGUUCCUAUUCGGCGGUUCCUUGAAGCUGGCGUCAAAUUCUCCAUCAACAGUGAUGACCCGGCCUACUUCGGAGGCUACAUUCUCGACAACUACUGCGCAGUGCAGGAGGCUCACAAGUUGUCUGUUCUGGAGUGGCGCAUCAUUGCUGAGAACAGUGUCCAAGAGAGCUGGAUUCCAAAUGAGCGCAAGGCGGAGUUGUUGGACCGCAUUGAGAGUCAUGUGAAGAAGUACAUGCCUGUUGUAUGA